CACCCGAAAGAAAAAAAAAGAGGAACCCAGCCAUGCCUUGGAAAAUUGGUGAGAAAGCUUGGUUUUUUCCCUUCUUUUCUUGUCCAAGAACCUGAUUUGGAACCCAGAAAUUCUCCCCCCUGCUGGAAAAUCCCGGAUCUGCUCUGUCCUUCCUCCUCACUGCCGGCUGCUCCUGCUUUGUGGGGGUGAAUUGCUCGGUUUUUUGAAUUUUCCUUCCAUGCCGCCGGCUCUUCCCCAAAUUGCAGCUCCGGCUUUGCUUGCUAAAUUCUGGUAUGGACAGCUCCUCCAAGCUUGAAAUCUCAUCAUUGAUUGCUGAAUUUUGUCCAUUUCUUUGCUGGCUGUGUUGUCCGAAUUUGGCUAGGAAAAAUGGGGAAAUUCCGGUAGCAAUUAAGAGGGGUCUAAGUGUGUUUUGUUGCUUAAUUCAAGUGGGAUUUGUGUGAUUGAGUGUUAAUUGACUGUUGUGAUUUUUGGAGAGAAAACCCCGUGAGAUUAUCUAGUGUUUUGGCCAAUUUUGGAAGUGCAGUUACUGUUCACAGUACUGUUCACAUCGUGAUCACUGUUCACCGGUUACUGUUCACGCACCGAGGGUCAAUAAUUAACGGGGAUUUAAAUGAUUAGUUUGUGAUAUAAGAAUGAAUUUGAAGAUAUCUGAUAAUGUGGAGAUUGAUAGAAAUAGCAUUGUGAUUAAGGGUUAUCGAUCGUUCUGUCAGUUAGCACUGAGAUUGAGUGCUCGAUUUUAUGCGAGUGAAGUAAGUAAAUUAUGGUAACGCCCUUUGAUUUUAAAAGUAUGUUUUGAUUUGUUUUUGAAGUGAUGACAAGACUAAACCCGUUUUAUACAGAAAUGAGCAUGAUUGAUUUGAAAUGAGAUUAUGAUGCUUUUCAUUAAAUUGAGCAUGCCUACUUGGAAUUUAAUUGAUUGUCCUGAUGAUCUGAAAGUGAUUGGUAAAGUAUGAUUUUUCUGUUAACUUCUGCCUGUUUUGUCUCCAAUGUGGUCAUGUUAUUAGUGACCCUGCUAGUGAGGGAGUUUAUAAACGCUAGCACAUGUUGGCACAUGUCGAUAUGUUAUUGUAACCCUGCUAGUGGGGGUUAAAUGCUAGCACAUGUCAGCACAUGUCAAUAUGUUAGUGAUAGAACCAGUUCGUACAAGUGACCCUGCUAGUGGGGAUUAUACACUAGUAAAUCGUGUGCCUGUCAGUGGGAGGUUUAUAACACUAGCCGUGACCUAUAGAGGAGAUGUCUAUUUCGUUCCCGUAUUGUAUCCGUUUUUCGUGAUUGCACUUGUUGGCAUGCUAUAAGUUUAAUUAAGGGGACUCCAUAUUUACUUACUGAGUUUAUCUCAUAGUUUUUCCUUGUCCACCAUUUCAGGAAGUGAAACCAAGGACGGGAAAACCACGGGAAGUAACGAGUUAGAAAGCUAGCCAUUUCGAGAUUGAUAUAGAUUUUAGAAAGAAAUCAUGAUCUUGUAAACUAGAGUGUAUUUGGAGAUUUUAUGAUAUCAGAGAGAUUUUAAAGAUUUGAUCAUCAGAUUUUGUGGAUUGUCAGAUGUGAAUUUGAUAAGUUCCGAGCCUUGUGCAUUUGUGGGAUCCUCUCACGAGUGCACGGCGUCUGUCGCGCCUCGAAUUUGGGUUU